AUGAGGACGAGUAGCUUGAGCUCCAGCUCGAGGGCAUUUUCUCCUCUUCCGAGAUGUCGCGCAUGCCGUCCAGGCUUCUUCCGGCCGCUUCAACCACAGAAAAGAUCAUUCCAGCGAGACAGCAAGCAGGCCAUCCCGGACUUUGCAUUCGCAUUUGAUAUAGACGGAGUCCUCGUCCGCAGCGCCAAACCCAUCCUCCACGCCUCCACGACCCUGCAAUUCCUACAACGCAACUCCAUUCCCUUCAUACUCCUCACCAAUGGCGGCGGCAAACAUGAGUCCGAACGAGUCAAAGACCUCUCCGAGAAGCUCUCCCUAUCCCUCGACACCUCAAUGUUCGUCCAGUCGCACACGCCCUUCGCCGAGAUGGUCCACGGCGAGGAGAACUUGCGAGACAAAUGCAUCCUGGUCGUAGGCGGCGAAGGCGGCCGGUGCAGGGGCGUCGCCGAGAAAUACGGCUUCACCAACGUCGUAACGCCGGGCGAUAUCUACGCGGCUCAUCCAGAAAUUUCGCCAUUCAGCGGACCCUUCAAGGACUACUAUCGGUCUUUUGCACGGCCACUGCCCAAACCAAUCAACCCAUCCUCGCCGAAAGACAGUCUCAAGAUCGACGCGGUAUUCGUGUACAACGACGCGCGCGACUGGGGUCUAGAUCUACAAGUGAUCAUGGACGUCAUGCUAUCCCACCGAGGCAUCAUGGGCACCGUCUCAUCCAAAAACGGCGACACGUCGCUGCCCAACAGCGGGUUUCUCCAGGAUGGCCAACCGCGGUUGUACUUUUCCAACCCGGAUCUCCUGUGGGCAGCCGAUUACCAUCUCUCGCGGCUCGGACAGGGCGGUUUCUGCGCAGCAGUCGGUGGACUAUGGCAGGCUCUGACGUCCAGCAAGAACCACCCAACUCCAAGAUUGUAUAUGAAGGUCAUCGGCAAACCGUACCGAUUGACGUACCAGUUCGCCGAGAAGCAAUUGAUCCGACACCGCGACGAACUUUUCCACGAAAAAGCCCCGCCGCUGAAGAAAGUAUACAUGGUGGGCGACAAUCCCGAGAGCGACAUUAAAGGCGCCAAUAGCUACGUAUCGCCUCACAAGGUCGAAUGGGUGAGUCUGUUGACGCGCACGGGAGUAUUUCAGGAUCGAGAGGGACACCGACCUAAUCAUGAACCUCGUGCGAUUGUCGACGACGUCAAGGCUGCUGUCCAGUACGCGUUGAAAGAUAGCAAUUGGCAUGAGAGCUUGGAAUAA